CAUGCCAGUCCGCAGGGAAGGCACCUCCACAGCUGAUCAGCAAACAGAGCAGGGUUUGUUUAUUGCGCCGGCGAUGGGGGCCAGGCAGCCCUGGGACCGGCAGGUGGGGCAGAAGAUGCUGGACAGGAGACACAGAAACCUCUGAAGGUGCCCCUGGUGCUCUGUUCAGAGCCAAGGAAGCCCCUUGCAGCCCCUGGGUCCACCCUGGAGGGCUCUGGCUCCCUGGACGCCAGAGAGUAAGCAUUACCCAUGGAUGUGUACUUUGGUUUCGUGGUUCUUGAGGGCAUCCUGGCCGUGGCCAUAAUCUCCACCAACCUCUUGGUCUGUGCCACGGUCUACCUGCACAAGGAGCUGAGGAACGUCACCAACUACCUGAUCGUGUGCCUAGCGGUGGCCGACUUGGGUGUGGGUACCCUGGCAGUGCCCUUCUCGGUGGUUCUGAGCAUGGAGUACGUCCUCUGCUUCUACACCUGCCUCUUCCUCGCCUGCUUCCCGCUAGUCACCACCCAGUUCUCCAUCCUCCUCCUCCUGGUCAUCGCCAUCAAUGCCCACUUGAGGAUCAAGCUGCCCAACAGCUACGCCAUCCAUGUGAAGACCAGAUGGAUGAUGGUCACCGUGGUCAUCUGCUGGAUGCUGUCGCUCUUGAUCGGCCUCUCACCAAUGAUGGUCUGGAACCGCCUCCAGAACUACAUGGAGACCUCCAACAAGACGCUGGUGGUCAGCUUCCCUUCCGAGAGGGCUGCAUUUGUCAUUGUAGGCCAUGACAUCCCCUAUGGAGACUUCCUCCCCCAAGUCCUUCCAGGCCGACAGAAUUUCAGCGACAGUGAAAUCCACACUGGACACCUGGGCCGCUGCUCCUUCACCUCUAUUUUCAGCUCCGAGUACCUGGUCUACUUCAUCUCCUUGACCUGCACCUUGCUCCCGUUGGGUACCAUGCUGGGCAUCUACGUUGACCUCUUCCGGGUGGUCCGCAACCACUUCCAGUCCCAGGCCCUUUGGCCAGUCAAGAGGAAGGAACUACAAAUGGCCCGCACCCUCUUCCUCCUGACAGGCAUCUUCUGCCUCUGCUGGAUGCCGCUGCAUGUCACGUACUGCGUCCAGCUGCUGUGCCCCAGCUGCCAGCGUUAUGAGUCCCUGGACCGCCUGGCUGUGCUGCUCUCCCAUCUGAAUUCCUUGGCCAAUCCGCUGGUAUACGCCUUGAGGAAGAGGGACUUUGGGCUGGCCCUCCGGUCAGUGGUCCUCCGUCAUGUCCUGCACUGGCCCAAGCUGAAGGCUGGCUGCUGCCCCAGCCCCAAAGUCCACCCACAGCCUGAAGCCAGGGAACACCAGCUCCCGCACAUGGCGAAGGACGGCGGUGAACAUUGACAGCAAUGGGUCCGACUGAGGCCCACUGGGACGCAAGACACAGCGAUCCACAUAGGGUCAGACUGGGGCCUGCAGAGAAUGAAUGGAAGAACGGAAGCCAGAAGGAAUGGCAAAAGGAGCUCCUCCCAAACGGUCUCAAGAGGACCGAAUAUGCUCAGGAGCUGCAGAAUGUUGACUGGAGAAAGAAAAACAGACACACACUCUCUCUCCUUUCUUCUUCUCCUUCUUUCUUCCUCAUGCUUUCACUAUUUUUCUUUUCUUUUUACAGGGCAGCUUAGAGAUGUUUUAGUGGGAGAUGAUCUUCAGCUUGCCUUCUCCCACAACCUGUUAUCAGCCACCCUUUGUCCAUGUAUUCUUCCUCCUAACAUCAUAGGUCUUUUCUGUCCCUUGGAUCAAAACAGGACAACAUUAGAUGUAAGAACAUUAGAUGUUCCUAUGACAAAAAUGGCAGCCAAGCCUCAACUGCCUUUGGGGCUCUAGCUCUGCCUAAACUCUCAUUCUUUGCAUUAGGAAAUAAAGCACACCUGUCAAA